AUGGCCUCCAAUGCUUGGCCCGGGGCCGACGGCUCCUCGCACCAAUCGACGAAUGUUUCGCCUGCCACGCAGAGGGUUCUCGAUGCACAAUUGAUCAAGCAGCUCAUCGGCAGAUAUGGCCCUGAUGAACUAAGCCGUAUAAUCCAGGAGACCUCAACCACUCCUUCGGAUGGAGCGUCGAUUAUGUCGUCCGCACAGUCAUCCAUCUUAUCAGACGAGUCGAGCGUAUGGGAUACACAGAGCAUACGCACCUUUUCCGACACAUCGUCCAUCACCGGAAGCAUCAUUUCCAACGUGUCCCGGGGCACAUCCAAGAUACUGGGCAGACGCAGCCAGAGCAGUAGCGCCAGUGCCGCCGCCCAGGCUCAAGCAGCCCAGCAAGCGGUACAGACACAACAAGAUCAGCAGUCGUGGAACGGUUCUGAAUCCACACUCGAUGCCGCGUCGGGCACUUCUGGUGCAUCAAAGCAAAAGGGGGCUUUCAUGUGCGGCUUCUGCAAGGAGGAGGACAUCACCAAGACGUGCACAAGGAAAAACGACCUGAAGCGACACAUCGAAGACUUCCACAACGUCAACGCGCAGUGGUUUUGUCGUCACCGCGGCUGCCAAAUGGUCUUCGACUGGCAAGGCGCCUACAAAACACAUCUGAAGCAGGCGCACGGCGGAUCGAGGAUGUCACUAGACGAAGCCAAGGUCAACCUUUGCCCCCAAGUCGUGUUUGCAUGUGGGUUCGACAACUGCUUGCAGGUGUUUGAAGCGCAGGGAGACUCAGAUGCCAGCUCCACGUUCAAGGAAUACGUCAGCCACGUGGUGAAGCACUUCGACGAGGGUGCCAACAGCGGCGAAUGGUCGUACUCGGCGAGGAUACGUAACCUCUUGCGCCAGAGCCAGGUGCAGUCCGCGUGGAACGAGUCAAUGUGGUCCGAAGCCUCGAGGACUUCGCUGCAGUGGAGUCCCCAGUCCUCUGGAAUCCUGAGGAAAAGGUUGGAAUGUCGGCACAUCGGCGACCUCAAGUUGCUCAUUCAGUACGCCUUCCUUUUGGGCACUGACCCCAGCAGCGUUGGCAAAUUUCGCGAAGACUUCAUCACACCCGUUGCAGACACGUGCACCAUGCACAUGCCUGGCCACAAGUCCAGACAGCAGAGCACUAUGGCUCCUCCGGAACCGGCCGACCCGUUUUCGUUCAAGAUUUCACGAGGAGCGAACCCUCAACUUGCCGCCUACAUGGCAUCGCAAAGGAGAGUCUAUGUGCAGAGACAGCAGCGCGUGGCGCGUCCAGCGCAAUUACACCACCCUCACCAACAAGUACCGACGUCCGGCGCGAUGGCCAGCCAGUCGCGGCUGUCGCAUUCAUCGCAGUCGAGCCACCAUAGCCAAAGUCAUCAGCACAACGGCCAGAAUCACAGCACGCUCGGCCACUUCUUCCAGACUAUGCCCGAUGCUCAAAUGUACGACCCGAACGCCGGCAACCAGCCAUUUGCCAACGGCAUGCAACAUAACGGAAUCAUUGCCGACGACAUGCAGAGCUUGAGAAGCAUGGCUGGGGGACCUCAAGAGUCAGCGGAUGUCGAAAUGCAAGACCCUGGGAUGAUGACCGACUUUUCCUCGUCCUACGUCCCGCAUGCGAAUCUGACGAGCCCGUCCAUGUCUGGUCAUCCCGACGGAUUCUUCCCGCCGGGACAGGCCUAUUGA